GGCUGCUGCUGCGGCGGCGGCGGACCGGGACGAGCGCCCGGAGGUGGCGGACGAGGCGCCCGGGGCCCCCAUGGGCGGGUGUGUGGGCGCCCAGCACGACUCCUCGGGCAGCCUCAACGAGAACUCGGAGGGCACCGGAGUUGCUUUAGGUCGUAACCAGCCUUUGAAAAAGGAGAAACCAAAAUGGAAAAGCGAUUAUCCUAUGACAGAUGGACAGCUGCGCAGCAAGAGGGAUGAAUUUUGGGACACUGCACCAGCUUUUGAAGGCCGCAAAGAGAUUUGGGAUGCCCUGAAGGCUGCUGCGCAUGCUUUUGAGAGCAACGAUCAUGAACUGGCACAAGCAAUCAUUGACGGUGCAAACAUCACACUGCCGCAUGGUGCGCUUACUGAGUGCUACGAUGAGCUGGGGAACAGAUACCAGCUUCCUGUCUAUUGCCUGGCGCCUCCGAUCAACAUGAUAGAGGAGAAGAGUGACAUAGAGACUCUGGACAUCCCCGAGCCUCCGCCCAACUCCGGCUACGAAUCGCAGUUGCGCUUGCGCCUCUCCACCGGCAAGGACCUCAAGCUGGUGGUCCGCAGCACAGACUCGGUGUUCCACAUGAAGAGGCGGCUGCACACAGCCGAGGGCGUGGAGCCCGCCAGUCAGCGGUGGUUCUUCUCCGGCAGACCUCUCACUGACAAGAUGAAGCUGGAAGAGCUGAAGAUCCCAAAGGACUACGUGGUGCAGGUGAUAGUGAGCCAGCCCCUGCAGAACCCGCCCCCGGUGGACAACUGAGCUGCUUCCUGCUCGCUCCUGUUUCCCACUCUGUGGCGUGAAAUGUGCUUUCACUGCUCCAAAUUCCCUAUGAAUGGAUCUAGUUCUGAGGAAUUACCAGUGAAAAAUUCCAUCUGUGAUGGAGACCAACAAAAAUAAUAAAAACACAAAGAGCCAGCCUUCGAGACUCAUGUAACUACAAUUUCUAAUUUGAGAAGCAGUUAAGAUAUAGAUAGCCAUUUAUUUUAAAACAUUCACCAACUAUGUAAUUGCUGUAUUUAAAUGAUUGGGACUAUAACAGGAACGCUGCAUCCGUGAAGAACAGCACCAAGCACCUUUUGAAUAAAGUUUCCAAAAAUAUGUACAUCAAAUCAUAUCAUUUCCAGAUAUCAUCAAUAACAGCUAUAAGACAGAGGCUUUGAUUUUUUGUUUGUUUGUUUGUUUGUUUAAUGAACUCGGAAAAGCCCAGCACUGGAGGUUAGCCUCCAUCCUGCUCCGGUUUGUUAGCGUUAGCUCGUGUCAUCCGCGGUCCUGAAGGAGUGGAGACUGGCAGACUGUCUCAGUGCUGCUUGCCCCACGCCCACUUGUGGAACUCCUUACUUACAUUCACACUAAAUGCUGGUGCCUUUCAGCACGUUGGUGACAGCACCCUUCUGGAACUCUCGGCAAUAAUGUUUUCAGUGCAGUCAGGUCUGUCAUCAGCUGGUACUUGGUUGAAAAGUCUCUUGUCGCACAAGUAUGCUGAACCGUUUCUGUAAUCAGUAAGGCUGUGUUCCUGUCCAGGCUUAGAAGGUCACUCCUAUAUAAUACCCUCAUUGACAGAUGCACUCUGCUUGGAACUUCCUGGAGCUAACUGUGACCCCCAGAUGCAUAGGGCCUGGGUCAGGGAGGCCAGGAAUCCAUGACAGCUGUUUCCACUAUGGAUAAUAACUUCAUUAUAUCUGCUUCCCACUUGGCAAGAAUGAUGUAAGAAAAACCCAUUCCGGGGAGAGGUAUGCCUCUCUUUGGUCUUCCAGAGAAACAUUUCAAACCACAGUUGACAAACACGAAAGGUUCACUGGCCUUCCUUAAACAUCAAGAGCAAGACGACAUGCUGGGAAGUGGCCUCUGGCGCUCUGACUCAGCGCUGCCUCUCAGCACGGCGGGCGACCAUUUUCCCGCCUGCCUCAUUCCUAGCAGAGGUCGGUUAACCAUCCACCAGUUAGGUCCUGUCAGAGAUCUGCUAAGAUAACCUGGCUGUUGUACACAGUGGCUGGAGCAGAGCUGCCAAGGAUCGUGUUUCACGGUGAGGCGUUGAAAGGCUCCUUCCAUGCAAAGGGGCAGCACGAGAGCCGAGAGUCCCUGAGGUGUGAAAGAGGUGGACACACACCAUGCUCAGUGGGAAACCCUAAGCCUCCAUGCCUACCUGGAUGUGAAACACCAUUACUACUUUCAACGGCAAAUUCAAACUGCUAAUUAGUUUAAAUGUAAUAGAGUUAAAUUUCAUAUAGCCUGAUUAAAUACAUCUGUAAUUGUACUAUGCCAUGUUUUUUGAGAGCUUUAACUACUUUUCUAUUUUGUAUUCAAAUCAUUUAAAAAGUGUGGUUAUAUCUAAUUUAGGUUUGCUAAUAAUUGAAUCUAAAUUCAGGAGAAAAAAAAAGUCACAUAAAUUCCAAAGGACAGCUAUUUCGUUUUCAGGGGUGGACAUGUAAGGGUAUUUCAACAUACUGUCCCCGACAGCAAAGACAUUCACUUGCGUGUCACAUUGCCAUAGCAACAUCUCUCAAAAGUUUGUCGAUUUGGGAAGUAAAACAGGUGGAUGUUUAGACUUAAGAAAAUUGAUAACAUAUUUAUGAUUAGCAGAAGGUCUUGUUUGUUGAGGAUUUGAGCUCUUGUUAAGAGUUUAUUUCAUUUUAAAGGGUCAUAUUCUAUGGGCAUGUUUCACUAACCCAGGUGAGAAAACCAUGGUGCUGUUUCAUUGUAAAUAGAUUGAUACAAGAUUGGACCAAUACUUGAUGUGUAUAAUUUUAGUAUGUA